AUGGGUGCCUACCUCUCUCAGCCCAACACGGUGAAGUGCUCUGGGGACGGGGUCGGCGCCUCGCGCCUGCCGCUGCCCUACGGCUUCUCCGCCAUGCAAGGCUGGCGCGUCUCCAUGGAGGAUGCUCACAACUGUAUUCCUGAGCUGGACAGUGAGACAGCCAUGUUUUCUGUCUAUGAUGGACAUGGAGGGGAGGAAGUUGCCUUGUACUGUGCCAAAUAUCUUCCUGAUAUCAUCAAAGAUCAGAAGGCCUACAAAGAAGGCAAGCUACAGAAGGCUUUGGAAGAUGCCUUCUUGGCUAUUGAUGCCAAACUAACCACUGAAGAAGUCAUUAAGGAGCUGGCACAGAUUGCAGGGCGACCCACUGAAGAUGAGGAUGAAAAAGAAAAAGUUGCUGAUGAAGAUGAUGUGGACAAUGAGGAGGCUGCACUGCUGCAUGAAGAGGCUACCAUGACUAUUGAAGAGCUGCUGACACGCUACGGGCAGAACUGUCACAAGGGUGCUCCCCACAGCAAAUCUGGAGCUGGGACAGGCGAGGAACCAGGGUCCCAGGGCCUCAAUGGGGAGGCAGGACCUGAGGACCCAUCUAGGGAAACUUCUACAGAGGAAAAUGGCCCCACAGCCAAGGCUCACACAGGCCUUUCCUCCAACUCGGAAUGUGGGACUGAGGCAGGCCAAGGUGGGGAGCCUGGCACUCCCACUGGUGAGGCUGGGCCUUCCUGCUCUUCAGCCUCCGACAAGCUGCCUCGAGUUGCUAAGUCCAAGUUCUUUGAGGACAGUGAGGAUGAGUCAGAUGAGGCGGAGGAGGAAGAGGAAGACAGCGAGGAAUGCAGUGAGGAAGAAGAUGGCUACAGCAGUGAAGAGGCAGAGAAUGAGGAAGACGAGGAUGACACUGAGGAGGCUGAAGAGGAUGAGGAAGAAGAGGAGAUGAUGGUGCCUGGGAUGGAAGGCAAAGAGGAGCCUGGCUCUGACAGUGGUACAACAGCGGUGGUGGCUCUGAUACGAGGGAAGCAGUUGAUUGUAGCCAAUGCAGGAGACUCCCGCUGUGUGGUGUCUGAGGCCGGCAAAGCUUUAGACAUGUCCUAUGACCACAAACCAGAGGAUGAAGUGGAGCUAGCACGCAUCAAGAAUGCUGGAGGCAAGGUUACCAUGGAUGGGCGAGUCAACGGUGGCCUCAACCUCUCCAGAGCCAUUGGAGACCACUUUUACAAGAGAAACAAGAACUUGCCACCAGAGGAACAGAUGAUUUCGGCCCUUCCUGACAUCAAGGUGCUGACUCUCACAGACGAUCAUGAGUUCAUGGUCAUUGCCUGUGAUGGCAUAUGGAAUGUGAUGAGCAGCCAGGAAGUUAUAGACUUUAUUCAAUCGAAGAUCAGCCAGCGCGAUGAAAAUGGGGAGCUUCGGUUACUGUCAUCCAUUGUGGAAGAGCUGCUGGAUCAGUGCCUGGCACCAGACACUUCUGGGGACGGUACAGGGUGUGACAACAUGACCUGCAUCAUCAUUUGCUUCAAGCCCCGAAACACAGCAGCGCCUCAGCCAGAGAGUGGCAAGCGGAAACUGGAGGAGGUGCUGUCUACCGAGGGGGCUGAAGAAAAUGGCAACAGCGACAAGAAGAAGGCCAAGCGGGACUAG